GCCACACCUGUCACUGCCUGUCUUUGUCCCCCGGGGGGGGGGUCAUCAGCCCCUCCUCAGCCACCCAGCAGAGCAAGCAGUUAGCGAGGAGGGGAGGGAAUCAUGGAGCGGGGGCCGGUGGUGGGGGCAGGGCCGAGCUCUGCAGGGACCCGAGCCCGGGCAGUGCUGGGCUGCCUGGUCAGGGUGCUCCUCUGGGUGGCUUCGGCCUUGCUGUAUUUCGGCAGUGAGCAGGCUGCCCGCCUACUGGGCAGCCCCUGCUUACGGCGCCUCUACCAUGCCUGGUUGGCAGCUGUGGUCAUCUUCGGGCCCCUCCUGCAGUUUCAUGUCAACCCUCGGACCAUCUUUGCAAGCCAUGGUAACUUCUUCAACAUAAAAUUUGUGAAUUCUGCUUGGGGCUGGACAUGCACCUUUCUGGGAGGCUUCGUGCUGCUGGUGGUGUUCCUGGCUACCCGGCGUGUGGCGGUGACUGCCAGGCACCUGAGCCGGCUGGUGGUGGGCGCAGCCGUGUGGCGCGGGGCCGGCAGGGCCUUCCUUCUCAUUGAGGACCUGACAGGCUCCUGCUUUGAGCCUCUGCCCCAGGGCCUGCUACUGCACGAACUGCCGGAUCGCCGCAGCUGCCUGGCGGCAGGCCACCAGUGGCGGGGCUACACCGUAUCCUCCCACACCUUCCUGCUCACCUUCUGCUGCCUGCUCAUGGCUGAGGAAGCCGCCGUGUUUGCCAAGUACCUGGCGCAUGGGCUGCCAGCGGGAGCACCCCUGCGCCUAGUCUUCCUGCUCAACGUGCUGCUGCUGGGCCUCUGGAACUUCUUGCUGCUCUGCACUGUCAUUUACUUCCAUCAGUACACGCACAAGGUGGUGGGCGCCGCUGUGGGCACAUUUGCCUGGUACCUUACCUAUGGCAGCUGGUACCAUCAGCCCUGGUCACCAGGGAGCCCGGGCCACGGGCUCUUCCCCCGCCCCCGUGCCAGUCGCAAGCAUAACUGAAGGAAAUAAA